AAACGCGCAGAAACGUUGUACGGGAACGAUUUUAAAAUUAAUGCAAACGCAUCCAGGCCCGUGCGUGGGACGGCUGGAAAGGGUGCACGGGAGGUAAACACACACAAGAACAACAAAGGCAACGCAAGCCGAAAGAAAACAUAGGAGUGGCUUGGGCUCUGCCGUUUGGUUUUGUUCUUUUCGCCACCCGCACAGCCGGAGGUGCAACGAUCAUCAACCGAAUCGUGCUCCUGCUCGCCGUCAACCAUCGCGGCAAUGGAACCACCGAACGGAACGGUGUCGCCAGCGGAGCCGGCGGCCGACAGUGACCCGGUGGAACCGAUCCGAACCGCGCCCGAACCGGACGGACGCGCCGAACGGUGGGUAACGCUGAACGUCGGGGGCGAGAUCUUCACCACCACCCGACUGACGCUGACGAACCGCGAACCGAACAGCAUGAUCGCCCGGAUGUUCGCCCAGGACCAGCUGAAGCCGGCCGAGCAGGACGGGCAGGGCGCGUACCUGAUCGACCGGAACGGGCACUACUUCCGGCCGAUCCUGGACUACCUGCGGCACGGGCGCGUCAUCUAUGACCGGCACGUCAGCCUGCAGGGCAUACUGGAGGAGGCCCGCUACUACGGGCUGGACGGGCUGGCCCGGCUGAUCCAGGAGAUCGAGCGGGCGGACGUGUCGCUGACGCGGCUCGACUUUAUCCGCACGCUGGUCACCUCGUCCCACACGACCGAGCUGCGGUUCCAAGGGGUGCACCUGUCCGGCAUCAACCUGUCGAAGCUGGACCUGCGCAACAUCAACUUCAAGUACGCCUGCCUGUCGCACUGCAACCUGUCGUACGCCAACCUGAGCUGGUGCUGUCUCGAGCGGGCGGAGCUGCGGUGCGCCAACCUCGAGGGCGCCAAGCUGCACUCGGUGAUGGCGGCCUGUGCCGAUCUGCAGGGCGCGAAGCUGAAGUGCUGCGACCUGACCCGGUGCAGCCUGGAGAACGCCAACAUGAAGGGGGCCACGCUCGAGGGCAGCGUGAUGGAGGGCGUCAGCCUGCGGGUGGCCAACCUCAAGUCGGCCAACAUGCGCAACUGCACGCUGAACGAUGCGGAUAUGGCCGGUGCCAAUCUGGAGUCCUGUGAUCUGACCGGUUGCAAUCUAAAGGGUGCGAACCUGCGCGGUGCCAACCUGAAGGGCGCCCAGCUGGAAAAGCUGGUCACACCCGUCCACAUGUCCCAGAUCGACAUUUAGUCAGCACUUCGUUGGCUUCCGGGCGGAGCCAAACCCAACAGAAGAUAAGCCAAACAGCAGUGUGCGCGUCGCACUUCGAAUUGGCGCCUUUGCUGAGGAGCUUUUGCUAGAAAGUAUUACGUAUUACGUACAGUGCUGCAAAAUGUCAUGAGAAUCACGAGAUGCUCACCAACGAAAACAAUGUCCAUAACCGUGGUAGCUUGAUGCUCAUUGCUGAUACUCAAUGAAACUGCGUCAUGACAUGCUGAACGCGAUAUAUGCGAGUGCUUGAGUCAAACGCGAUACUCUGACUGACAAACUGAGCUUAGUGCCGUCACAAGCGUAAUCAUGACUUUUUUCUGGCUGUGCAUAGUGCUGCCAAAUGCCACUGGCUUCAGUCAUCAACAUUUAUGGCUGAAAUGUAACUCAAAUCAGCUCACGUACACAAUUGAGAUGAUCAGAGAUGAGACUCAUACAGUUGGUGGACCAAUCACAUGCUUGGUGACAUUUGUUUUAGCACCGAGCUCUUGGUUACUCGCUUGGUCACGCUUGGUUUCGAUUAUCUGUCGGGUCAAACAGAGCGAGAAAACAUGCUCAUUACGUUUCUUGGAAUCACUCGCAAGCACCGUAUAUCUCCCAUGACCAUCGCGAUGAUCACUUAAGUGACUGACCAAGAGAAACCACCAACUGUUUGAGUCUCACCUCUCGUGACGCUGACAUGAUUUUGUUUCAGUCGGAAUUUGUCAUUACUAUGUCAGUGAUAUUUUGCAGAACUGAUCACAGUGUAAAGAAAAAGUCAUGACAUAGUGACUGACCAAGCGUUGAUCGCAAAAAUGUCACGAUGCAUGCAUUUACCAACACCAGUCGUUUUGAGUAUCACCUCUGAUUAUCACAAUUGAGUACGUGACGCUGAAUUUUGUUUCAGUCAGAUUUUUUUAUGGCAUUGACAGUGACAUUUUGCAGCACUGCCUAUAGCGUAGUAAAGUUAUACGCACAACCGCAGUCAUAAUUUGAGCAGAAGCAACAUGUUUUCCAUUUAAUGCUUUUCCCCGAAUCGUUCUAUGUUAUCUAUGUACAAAAGUUUGAAAUAUUGAUAUUAACAUGUUAAGCGAUAACAGUCUAAAAUACUGUUCCUAAAACUUCCGAGGAACAAACACAACUAACGGCAUUAUAGUAUAUAGAGGUUAAAGGCUUGGUGCUGCUGGCUGACAUAGAGAAACGGGCUAAAGCUACAUACCCAGUCCGGCCCACAGCAGCCAAAACACAGAUGUUGCAAUGCAAUUUAAUGUGUGCGCUCAUUGCGCACAGGUAAUGUAUAUAAACUUGCUAGAACUGUAGCGGAACCGACGUCACAACGAAUGAUAUUCCAUCGAACUGACAGCAUGCGACUGUUGCUGCUCGCUUAUGCCUUGACAAACCCCGUUGCGAGACGGUACGCGAAACGGAAAAUAAAUGUAACACGUUAGUUGAAACUAGUUCCUUGGAGUUUGGAGUUACGGGAUUUGCGUGUUGGCAUGCAGCAUUGCUGUACAAAUUGUA